AUGGAGCAGUCACAGUGUGGCAGCAGAGACCGCAGCGGCAGCGGCCGAACCCACUUGGCCCCGGGGCUGGUGGCGGCCGCCCCUCCGCCCCCGUCUCCGGCGCUGCCAGUACCCCCGGGGAUACCAGUUCCUCCAACUUUCCUGCGGCCACCCAGCCUCUUUCUGCGGGCCGCCGCAGCCGCCACGGGAAGCGGAGGCUGCCCGUCGGCUCCCGGACUGGAGAGGGGCGUGGGUGUGGUGGGCUGCGGCUACCCGCGGACACCCAAGUGCGCCCGUUGUCGCAACCACGGCGUCGUGUCGGCACUCAAGGGCCACAAACGCUUCUGCCGCUGGCGGGACUGCGCGUGUGCCAAGUGCACCCUGAUUGCGGAGCGCCAGCGCGUCAUGGCCGCCCAGGUGGCGCUACGCCGGCAACAGGCCCAGGAAGAGAGUGAGGCCCGGGGGCUGCAGAGGCUCCUGUACCCUGGGCCCUGCGGGCCUGGGGGUCGGACAUGUGGAGGCCCCGGCAACCGAACGGAGAAUUCCCAGGCCUCCAGCGGCCCUGCGGCGGUGACGGCGCUGGGACUGGGUGCCUUGAGGCAAGCUAGUCUGGCGACCCCUGCUUUCCAAGUUGUCCAGCCAGAUAAUACGGAACUAAAACAAAAACUAAAAGAGAGUAAAUGUGACUCAGGCCAGAGUGGACAAGAAGAGCCAGUCUCUAAAUCCCAUCAGUGUACUCUGGGAUCAUCUUCUAAGUCUAAUGGUGUCAUUGGAAAACAAAACAUCAGGCCAACUAUUUCAGAAAGCUUGAACAAGGAAGAUAAUAUUCAGCCUCUUCACCCUGGGGAGCUAUCAGGAGGGGAAGAGAGUCCCAGGUCCCUGUCAUCAUCUGAUCUGGAAUCAGGAAAUGAAAGUGAGUGGGCCAGAGACUUCACUGCUACCAGAGCCAGCCUUCCCACACUGUCCUCAAGACCAAGAGACCCUCUUGAUAUCCUUACCAGGAUUUUCCCAAGUUAUAGGCGUAGCCGGCUAGAAAGCAUUCUGCGCUUCUGCAAAGGGGAUGUGGUUCAAGCCAUCGAACAGGUCCUAAAUGGGAAAGAACACCAGCCAGACACCAGGGACCUAGCAAACUCAGGAGAAUUGGAAAAUACAGCUUUUCAGAGAGCUUCAAAUUUUAGUUUAGGUGGAAUUGGUUUUGGAACUCUAGGGAAUAAAUCAGCUUUCUCUCCUCUUCAAACUGCUUCUGCUCCUUAUGGAGGUGAUUCAAGUCUCUACAGCUUAAAUCCUAGACUAGGUAUCAAUCCAUUACGGCUGGCAUACUCCUCUCCAGGAAGGGGGCUCUCUGGUUUUAUGUCUCCUUACCUAACUCCGGGGUUGGUACCAGCAUUGCCUUUUCGACCAGCUUUGGAUUAUGCAUUUUCAGGAAUGAUUAGGGAGUCUUCCUACCUUCCCAGCAAAGACUCAGUAACUGGUGGCAGAUUGUAUUCCAGGCCAAAUCAGGACAGUCUGUAA